CUCUUUUACCUGUAAGGCGGGACUUCCUUUUCUACACCCGUUUGCCGUUCCGAUUUCUCCCAUUUAUUUUAAUAGAAGUGCUCCAUCUCUGCUAAACUGUCUCUGGUAACACACAAGAAGAAGAAACGAGGCCGCCGCCCAUUAAAAUCAUCAGACGGGUGACGUCUGUGUGAUUUUCUGGAAAUUAGUGAAAUGUGGAUUGUCUACAGGUGCCAUCAGUCCCAGGAAGAGUGAGAGGAGUGCGGGGUACACUAUGAGCGGGGCAGCGCUGGGAAUAGAGAUUGCAGUGGUCUUUUUCCUGGCUCUGUUCCUCUUGCAUCGCUAUGGCGACUUCAGAAAGCAGCAGCGCAUGGUUCUCUUUGGCACACUGCUGGCUUGGUAUUUGUGCUUCCUCAUCGUCUUCAUUCUUCCCCUGGACGUCAGCACAACAAUCUACAAACAGUGCUUAAUUGAUCGUGAAGUACAUGCUCAGACACCCACUGUGAGCUCUGUCACAUCAAACCAGACGACUGGAAAUGCCUCUGUAUCACCCAGCAAAAGCACCCAAUGGGCAUGCUAUAAACCAUGGAGUUAUAUUCCAAAUGGUAUCAUGCCAGUGUUCUGGAGGGUUGUGUACUGGACCUCACAGUGUCUUACUUGGCUUCUUCUGCCAUUCAUGCAGUCAUAUGCUCGCUCUGGGGGUUUUUCCAUUGCAGGGAAAAUCAAGACAGCCCUCAUUGAGAAUGCCAUCUAUUAUGGCACAUACCUUUUCAUCUUUGGCUCUCUUCUUAUUUAUGUGGCUGUAUAUCCUCAGUGGCACCUUUCCUGGUAUGAGCUGCAGACCAUCGGUAUCACUGCGGCCAACACAUGGGGUCUAUUUCUUCUAGUUUUGCUGUUGGGUUAUGGCCUGGUUGAGAUUCCCCGCUCAUACUGGGAGGCCUCGCGCCAGGGUCACCUUCUCAUCAAGACUUACUUCAAAGUGUCCAAGCUCAUGACUGAGAAGGCAGAUGCAGAGGAAAAUCUGGAGGAUGUGAUGGAGGAGGUUAUAAAAAUCAAUGAAUCGAUCAAAUAUAACCAUCCCUUGAGGAAGAAUGUAGACACCAUUCUACGAAAGUGCCCUGUUGAAUAUCAAGAAAAGAUAGGCAGGAACAUGGAUGACUAUGAGGAUUUUGAUGAUAAACAAAACACGCACCCCACUGAAAGAAGCCUUUCGAAACUGCACAAGCAGGUGAUCUACACCGUUCAGAGACUCAAUCGCACACGUGUUCAGUGGCAGAUCUUGCUGGAACAGGCUUUUCACCUGGAGGACGUUGCCAAGAAUGAAACCAGCUCCUCUCGGCAGUUUGUUCACAGCUUUGCCUCUCCAGAACCUGUAGGCUGGUUCAGACACUACUUCUAUACCCCUACAUUUGAGUGGUACUGGGAGUGUUUGCUGAAACAGUGGUUUUACCGUGUGCUGGCUGUGGUUCUGGCUCUCUUUUCUGUGGCUGUGGUUUGGUCCGAGUGCACCUUCUUCAGUACUCGGCCCGUUCUUUCGCUGUUUGCUGUUUUUAUUCAACUUGCAGAGAGAGAUUACAACUACCUGUACAUCGAGAUGGCAUGCUUCAUCACCAUCUUCUUCCUCUGCACCUGCGUCUACUCAACUGUGUUCCGCAUCCGAGUCUUCAACUACUACUACCUGGACUCACAUCACCAAACCGAUGCUUACAGCCUUCAGUUCAGUGGCAUGCUUUUCUGCCGCUUGACUCCCCCUCUUUGUCUAAACUUCCUGGGAUUAAUUCACAUGGAUUCUGCCAUAUCUCACCAGGCAAAGGAGCAGACUGCAUACACCUCUAUCAUGGGUUCCAUGCGGGUCCUAUCCUUCAUUGCCAAUGGCUUCUACAUCUAUUACCCAAUGCUGAUAGUCAUCCUCUGCAUUGCCACAUACUUCAGUCUUGGCACGCGAUGCCUGAACCUCCUGGGCUUCCAGCAGUUCAUGGGAGACAAUGAAAUGACCUCCGACCUGAUUGAUGAGGGCAGAGAGCUCCUUUGCAGAGAAAGAAGAAAACGUCAAAGAAUAGAAGAUGGGGAGAACAGGCGAAGAGAGUGGAGAGAGCGUUAUGCACAGCGAGAUGAUGUUCCUGCUAGACAGCAGACCUCAAUGUCUGAGAUGAAGGAAACCAACUAUGCCGAAACACUGAAUUCACACACAAACUGCCGAGUAGAGGCCCAAUACUCUCAUAGUGGAAGCCGGACAGGAAGGGACAGCAUUGAGCUUCUACAAGAUGCUGAGCCCUUGGACUUCAACACUGAAACACUAACUGAUGACCCUUUGCAGUCAGACAGUGGCAGACAUGCCGGUGGAAGGUAUUUCUCAAUGUCGUCUUCUCGAAGCCAUAUCUUUGAUGAUGUUUGAAGUAAAGGGUGAAGCAUUUUCAUUCUCUUAAAUCAAAUAACACUCUGUCUCUACAAGAAAAUAAUGGUCUCUUGGUCUAUUAUACAGAAUUUUACCUCUAAAAACAUUCCUCUCAAAAGGUAUGGUCUGUUUGACCUUCUCAUUUUAAAAAUAUUCUACUUCCUGUAUACUGUAAUGCAGUGUAGCUACCUGCAUGUUUCAUGAUUGCAACGUAAACACGCAGACACAUAGAGAAACACACCACACAUUCAGUUUGAAGUGCCAGGCACAACUGCUGCAUGUGAGAAAUAGGAAUGGUAUUUUUGCCUACAGUUUCUUUAUUCUGUUUGAAGAAAUGUGUCAAGAUUAAUGUGAAACUGAACAGUCAGAACACUGAGGUGUUUAUCAGUUGAAUGAGUACUACAAACUGGAAGGUUUUGAAAUGAAACACUGUUACAUCAUUUUCUACUGAUGGGUAUGCGAUACUGAUAUGUACCUGAGCAUUUAAAUCAGUAAAUAUGAAUUGAUGUGUUUGUGGCCAAUUUGUGUUGUAAUUGUAAAUGGAGAUACAUGUAGGCUGUCUUACAAAAUACUGUGAAGUUUUUGUGUUUUUUUUGGUCUGCAAUUAUUUUGUUAUAAAGCCAGAUUUUGCUUUGGCAUUGUGUUUGGGAGACUGUAAAACUGCACUGAUUGCAGUUAAGUUAACUAAAAUGUACCCUCUCAAAGUAUUUAUGAAAAAUAUUUGACUGUUUACACAUUUCAAUAACACAUUUCAUAAAAUUAAAUUGAGUAAUCUUUAAUAAAAUAAAAUAAAAAACUAAUAUUUUAAGCUUUGUUAAUUGAUUUUUAUUAAUUAUUUUGUUUAACAUUACAUCAUUCAAUUUGAUGGAAUUUUGCGAAAUUGAAAUGCACAAACCUUUAAAAUCUACCCAAAGAUUAUUGUCUUUGGCAAAAAGCAAUUUAGUCUUUUAUAUAAAGGAACCUCGAUUUUAUUUUGUAUUCUUCUUUAAUUUAUUUCUUAUUUUUUGCUUAUAUUGUUAAAGGCGUAGUUCACCCAAAAAUGAAAAUUCUGUCAUUAUUUACUCACCGACAUGUUGUUCCAAUUCCCCUUGACUCUUCUGUGGAACUCACUUUCAUGAAAAAUAUUUUCCAUAAAAUUCAAAUGAACGGUGACUGAGACUUUCAGGCUGCCAAACAUCUUUUGUGUUCCACGGAAAAAUUAAAGUCAUACGGGUUUGUAGUGACAUGAGGGUGAGUAGGUGAUGACAGAAUUUUCAUUUUUGGAUGAACUGUUUCUUUAAUGUUCUUUAAGUUGGGGGCUUGAAUGAGUCACCACGUGAAAGUGAAACUCAUUAUAACAUGAUGCAUUUCCAUAAAACUUCUUUUAUCCAAUAUUUUAUGAAUGAAGGAAAGUGUAACUUUAUGAAUCUAAUAUUUAUUUUCAAAUGUUUGACUUGGUAAGUAAAGCUGUAUUAUUUAUUAUGUCUCUUACAUUUAUGCAUUUGGCAGACACUUUUAUCCAAAGCGACUUACAGUGCCCUUAUUACAGGGACAAUCCCCCUGGAGCAACCUGGAAUUAAGUGCCUUGCUCAAGGACACAAUUGGUGGCUGUGGGGAUCAAACCGACAACCUUCUGAUUACCAGUUAUGUGCUUUAGCCCAAUACACCUUUUGCACACCCUGAACAACUGAACUGUUCAUAUCUUAGAAAAGGGGUUUUGGGAAGACCACCACUCCAAAAUUAACUGCCAUGUGCAUGAAUAAAGGAUGUGUAAUCUUA